ACAAGAUUCAAUUCACCACAAACGCUUCGGGCGGGUUAGUUCUCACAAUUGUCGAAUGCUCCGGGAUGGAGUUUUGCGCCUAAAGAAGGGGGCUCCAACUUCUCUCCCGAUUUCAGACUGAGUGCCGAGGCUGAGAAUAUGGCAACUAAAUUGACGAGAAUGAUUGCUUUUCUUCUUGUGUUUGUGUCUUUGGCACCAACUGAAAUUGGCAGCCGUAACGUCGGGAGAAAGAAGGGGAGAAAACUACCCGCGUCAAUUGUCCAACAACUCGACCAAGCACCAGAUGCCGCCUGCAUUGUAGAAGUUGCUUUCAUUUUGGAUAGCUCUGAAAGUACCAAAGAUAUUUUAUUUGACAAAGAGAAGCAAUUUGUAAUUGAAUUCACUGAAAGGGCUUUGCUGUCUGAGCAGUCAAAAAAAUUGAACCUGUUCUGGAGAAUGGCUGUUUUACAGUACAGUAGUUCAGUCAAGAUGGAGCACACCUUCCGAGACUGGCAAGGAUUCGAUCAAUUCAAGAAUCGUGUACAAUCCAUGGAUCACAUUGGCCAUGGCACCUACACUUCAUAUGCUAUAGGCAAUGCCACUCAGCUCUUCCAGGCUGAGGCAAGACAGAACAGUGUAAAAAUAGUCAUAUUAAUGACAGAUGGAGUAGAUCAUCCCCGCAAUCCAAACCUUCAAAAUGUGGCAACUCAUGCAAAAGAAUAUGGAAUAUUCUUGUUUUGCCUUGGGCCUCCACAUAUAUCUUCUGACCUGUCAGCUGUGGCAAGUCUUCCGUCAUCACAAUUUGUUCAUAGCUUAAGAGAUACCAACCUUACCAGGAAUUUACUCCAUGAACUGCUGAAAGUUACCAAAGAGUCGUGUCCAAAACCUAAGCCAUGCACCUGUGAAAAGGGGGAAAGAGGAAAAGAUGGAGCUCCUGGAAGAAGAGGAGAUCGAGGUCAAGAUGGCAGUCCUGGUGAAAAAGGGGUACAGGGAUCACGAGGCUUAAAAGGAGAGACUGGAAUUUUUGGAGAAAAGGGCAAACCUGGGUUCAAAGGACACAAGGGCUCGAAAGGUGAAUGUGGGAUUUCAGGAACAAAAGGCGAAAGUGGUCCUAAAGGGUCACCAGGUCCAACAGGAAAAAGAGGACCACAGGGACUAGCUGGCCCAGCUGGUGAGCAAGGUCCUGAAGGAAUCCAAGGCCCAAAGGGUGAUCGUGGUCUUACUGGUUUAGAUGGUCCAAUAGGAAACCCUGGAAUUGGAUACCCAGGACCACAGGGUGUAAAAGGUUCACACGGUCAACCUGGUCCCCUUGGUCCCCCUGGGAUUGGAGAAUCUGGAUUACCCGGGCAAAGAGGAGAUCCUGGUUCAAAGGGUGAAAAAGGACAGACAGGACAAGGUGCUCCAGGAAUAAAGGUAAAGAAUCACUUUACAGUUCAAAUGAACAUUCCGCAAGAACACCUUCUAGUUGAUGCCAAAACAUAA